AUGCGCUACCGUAAUAUCUUGUCAGUGUAUAUUAUAUUUUAUUUUCGUGUAGUUUUGUCGGAUAGAAGGUUUGUUAACUACACGAUACGUACAACAGACACAACCGCCCAUUCAGGAAGACGGGCGUGUGCAGAAAAGUAUGCCGACAAUGAAUACUUUGCCGCCAAAAUCAAUGACGUAACUGGCGUUUGUAGUGGUUUAACAUGGAGCUGGGGUAGUAACCAACAAUAUGACCCUGGAUUUUCCUAUCUCAUGAAGAUAAAAACAAUAGAAAUCUACCAACCGGCGAAAGAUGUUUCAGAUGUCUUUGAUUGGUUGAUUCCUGGAUCAUUUGGUGCAGGUGGAAGCUUAGAAUUUUACAUCACAACGCCAGAUGGUGGCGCUUGGGAUAGGUUCGAUGUCAACUUACUGGAUACUACAGAUGUUAAUUACAACGUGUAUGGGGGAGCCUCUGAGACAGUUAUGCUACAUAUGAUGGUUGUGAGACAGCAUAACGAGCUCAUCUUCAAAACAUGGGUAGGUGGCUGGACAAACAUAUUAAGCAUGUCAAUUCCAUUUCCUGAAGGAAGUGUUACUAAGUUUACUAUAGUACCACAUGCAGACGUCUUGCAAGUAUUGAUGGACGAUGAACACUUAGUCCAGUACCCACAUACUGUCGAUCCUACCACUGCAAAAUUGAUCAACAUCAAUCCUUUUUCUAACACCUUAAUUAAGCUUCACAAUAUAACCUUAAUAGGUAUAUAGACCAAGAUCGACUUAUUAAAAUUCAUCAAAGCUAUCUUUUUCAAAUUCUUACAUAUUAUAAAUUUCUAUAAAAACAGUUACAAAAACUUAGAUAAAAUCGUCUUCUAUAUCUUUUAAAUAAGCCUUUCUUCCUUUUUGU